GAAAGAAGGAAGAUAACACAUUCGUGAUGCGUAAUCGGACCAAAAUAACGAAUAGGAAUUGAGAACAGAUGCAAGAUCCAUCUUCAAACCCUAAUUCCAAUCCAAAUCCCAAUCCUCACAAUGCCACUGCCGCAUCCCAAUUACCACGUCCGCCGCCGUCCACGGCGGCCACCGCCGCCGCCGCCGGCACCUCCUCCUCCUCAUUAUUCCCGCGCCCCGGCGGCUCUCACCACCGGCGAGCCCACUCCGAGGUAAGUUUCCGGCUGCCGGACGACAUGAUGGACCUGUCGCCGUCCGAUCCGUUCGCCGGCGGGUCGUCGACGGCGAGCAUGGAGGAGAUCGGAUCGGAGGACGACCUGUUCUCGACGUACAUUGACGUGGGCAAGUUCGGCGGCGCCAACGGAUCCGGCGGCGGCGGAAACGGCGCAGAUCCGAACAGCGAACUUGAGAAGAGUCCGGCGAGGCCGCGGCACCGGCACAGUAGUUCAGUCGAUGGUUCUUCGUCGUUCGGGGAAAUUAUGGAAGCGAAGAAAGCUAUGCCUCCUGAUAAGUUAGCUGAGCUAUGGACAAUUGAUCCCAAGCGUGCCAAGAGAAUACUUGCGAAUCGGCAAUCUGCUGCUCGUUCAAAAGAGAGAAAAGCACGAUAUAUACAAGAACUUGAGCGCAAGGUUCAGACUCUUCAAACGGAAGCCACAACUCUUUCUGCCCAAUUGACAUUGUACCAGAGGGACACAACGGGCCUGAGCACUGAAAAUACAGAGCUUAAGCUCCGUCUGCAAGCUAUGGAGCAACAAGCACAGCUUCGUGAUGCUCUUAAUGAAGCAUUGAAGAAGGAAGUUGAGAGACUUAAGGUUGCUACUGGUGAGAUAAUGAGCCACACUGAAUCCUUUAAUCUGGGAAUGCACCAGAUGCCAUUUACAGGAUCAAAUUUUGUUCCAAUCCCGCCACAAUCAGGUCCUCCUGGUCACCAGAAUAUCCAGAUGCCACCAUUUGGUCAUUCCCCAUCCACAAUGGCAACUCAUCAAAUGCAUCAAACAAGUUCUCACCCACUUUCAGAAAUAUUGCAAAAUGACCAGCUUGGUCGUUUCCAGGGUCUUGACAUUAGUAGCAAAGGAUCAACUCUCGUGAAGUCUGAAGGCCCCUCACUUUCUGCAAGUGAAAGUAGCACCACAUUUUGAAUUUGAUAGAAAACGCUUGACCUGCUGACUUAUCCAUGCCAUUCAUUGUUCAUAGUGUUGACAUCUAGUCAACUAAUGAAGGUACCUUAUUUCAUGAUUCAGAUUUGAGGAAUGAGGACUACUUAACUAUUUAUUCUUAGGGGUGCUCACCACAAAGGGCAAGCACCCUUGGGGUUUUGUUGGAAAGUUCACGUAAUCAUGUUUCCGCAUGGCAUUUGGUAUUUCUGGGCGGUUGAAUUUGGGAAUGAAGGGUCAUUCUCAUUGUAUCUUUGUAUGUUGGGAUAUACAUGGAUCCUCUCGUCUUUUGUAUCAUCGUUUAAAAGAUAGCAUGUAAACUGUGUGAUUUAUUGUCGUGUUUCACUUCAUUGAUAAUCCAAUAUGGACUCUUUUUUUUUUCUUUUCUUUUUUUCUAUAAUUUAUUUACUUAGUUUUAGUUUUAUUCAUAGUGGUUGUAAAAUUCAAGAGAUUUUGUUACGUAUCGACAUUGUACUAUUAAGCUUCUUCUGAGAUCAGACCUUUUUGAAUAA